UUGUUUACCUUUGCUUAGACCAAAUUGUAAGCGCAUAUAACAUGAGCAAACGUCGAAAGACACAAAAGAAUAUCGAAUGGAAGGACAAUCCACUUGAAGAACUUGCCCUGGGUGACCAAGACCCGUUUGGAAUGAUAACAAGCGCCAUAGAGCUGGCACCCAUCAAAUUGGAAGAUGAAUCUGACAAGGAAACUGAACCGGCUUUAGAAUCCGAGCCAGAGGACAAUGAAUCCAUCAGUCGCCGCCUACGCCGGUUGGAAACAAAGGUCGACCAAUUAAUUAAGAUGGUGACAGAUCAACAGAAACAUAUAAAACUGCAACCGCCAAGGCUAGGCGUAGUGUUUAAUGAUCGAUACCCAAUACAAACGCUAGAGGAAUUAGCUAUACUAGAAAAAGAGAUUGAAGAUGGAAAGCAACCAGACAUUGUUGAAAUAAUUCGACUACUUAUAUACCCAGGGGGUGUGAUAAAACAGUUAAGACUGCUUCUUGCCGACGACCUAGCCAAUUUGAUAAAUAUUGAUGGCACCUUUGGUAAAACGCCACUAAAGUCCUUUAAAUGCUUUUUCGGCGCACUUCAGGAUGCGAUAUUAGAACAAGAUCGAGAGGGACUCCUACGUAAGGCGAUACAACUGCAGAAGAAACGGUUCUUUAAAAGAAAAUGUGUUCUCAAAAUAAAAAAUAGAAACAAAAGUAAAGCUAAAGAUUAGUUGCAAACCUUGCAAAUAAUCAGUAAUAACUGUGACCACGAUACCUGUAGCCGGUAUCAAAAUUUAAGGAAAUAAGCGUUCAUCUAAGUAAUCAGCUUCAAUUACAUAUUUGUAUGUAGAUUUAAAAUUUAGUUUUUUACA